AUGUGGAAGCAGCAUCGGGAGUCGAUCCUGAAGACGUUGCAGAACUGCGGCCUCAGCCUGUACUGCUUCUACAGCAGAGAUAGAGAUCAAAUCUUGGUAAAGAUUGGUGCCGGUGCACAGAAGCUCCGAGACACCGCCGCCAGGAAGCGAUACAAGCUUCAACUGAAGAAGGAGUACCUUAGUGCCUUUGCGGAGUUCCGCCAUGACUAUCCGGGGAGGCCGGAGUUUCGCUUCGCCGACCGGCGUAUUAUCUCCCACAUCUAUCAGACGCACACAGAGGACAACUUGGAUGGCAGCAGCAUCUUCAAAACGAUCGACAAGAUCCAGCUGAUCUACCAUAUCAUCCAAUCCAAAGACAAAGACUGUGCAGGCAUCAACGUGGCGAAGCUUCUUCACCAAAAAGAGGUGAAGGCUUUCUUUCCGUUGCAUGAGCCGUCUGUGAUGGAUAAGUUCAAGGCAGCUCAGUGGAAAUGGUUCUGGCCGGACGAAGAGCACGCGAAUCGGCUGCGAGACUACUUUGGUGACAAGAUCACAUUCUACUUCCUGUGGAUGGCCUUCUACGUGAAGUGGCUCUCGCCGUUGGCGUGCCUAGGCCUUGUGCUACAAUUCAUUGACUGGUGUGCACGGACGCCCGACAAUGUGACGGCGAUUCCUUUUUGCGUACUGAUGAGCAUCUGGUCUUUGUGCUUGCCACAUUUCUGGCGCCGGCAGGAGGCCAAAUGUGCCAUCAGCUGGGGCUCGAUGGAUCUGGUCGAACAGCUAGAGCCUCACCGACCGGAGCACACGGGAGAGCAGCUCAUUAACCCUGUGACUUCGCAGGCAGAGCCGUACUACCCGUUUGCUAAGCGCAUCUUCAAGUGCGCUUGGGGCGAUGAAAUCAUGGAUGGUUCAGAUGAGCACAUCUCCAGAUUCGGAGUGCAGGACAUGACUGCCAGCCCAAUCCUGAAAGCUGACGACUUCGCAAGCCCGUCGCUUUCAGUUCCAUCGAGCCCCAGCUUGCCUGCAGAAGCAUUGCCAGAAGCCUUGCUUCCGGCCGAGCGCGCAGAGCUUCUGCGGCUGCGACAGGAAGUGGCCCACUUACGCUCGCGCCUAACAACGGCCAGCGAGCCAUGUGAGAGAGAAAGGCCUGGCCCUGUGGAGACCUCCGUCACACCGUUUGAGACGCCUGACAAGGACAGGCGCAGCGACUCGAGCCCAGGCUUCAGCGAGAGCGGUGAAUGCGGUGACCAUCAGAUUGCUAUCAGCGAGGUCCGCAGAAGAAGCGACUGGGCUUUGCGGGAGCGUGCCUACCGUUGUGCUCGAGACGCUUUCAUGGGUCCUGAUGGUGUGAUGGGGGCAGGGCGCGUGGUGCGCUCGCAGCUGCUGGCAACCAUGCGCCAGGAAGAGCCCGAUGUAGCUGCCUUUUUCGAGUCUCCCAGGCAACAGUUUCGCUGCCUUAUGGUUGAGGGAGACCCUGAAGGCAUCAUUGAGUGGGAUGACUUCGUCAAUUGCUACGUGCGACAGUGCAAACAGAGCAUCUCUGCUGCCAAAGCCAUGGAGCCCGAAAGGGAAAGGUCGCCGGCGACUGCUUCGACUCGAUCGCCUGUCCUGCCACUGCAGCGGUGCAGCGAGAUCGGAGAUUUGCUGAGCAGCGAUCUUGACAGCUUGACUCGCAUGACCAUUCUUCCUCCCUCGCGUGUCCUCACUUUGCCCCAGGACUCCCUGCUGAUCUCCACAUCAUCCGUUGAACAUGACCGAGAUAUCUGCGGAGAUCCUGAACCUGGUUCUUCGCUCAACAUCACAUGCGGUGGUUCCAAUUGCUCUCAGAAGUUCUUCUGUGAUUCCCCGACGCGUUGCCAACGGGUUCUGCUGGUGGCAGCAUCUGUGUCGUGCGAAGGGCGGCACGCAGUUCUUUCACGUGAACUCCGCCGGGGCUUGGAGCUUUGGGCAGCGGAGGUCAACGCGCCGACGUCUUCUGUGCGCGGGUUCUGGGGAGAGCGCUUGCUGGUCAAGUUGUGGUUUGUCGACGAUCGGAGUGAAACUGGUGAAGUAAGGCGGAUCUACCAGGAUUUCGUGUCCAGACAUGGUGCUCAGCGAGCCGAGCUCAGGGCAGUGAGCAGUACAUAG